AUUGGGUUUCAGCCGUGAAAUAGUGUGUGGUCAGAAUGACACUGACAGCGGCUCAGCUAUGUUAGGCAGCUGUUCGCUGGCAUCCCGAGAGGCCCUCGCAUGUCAGAAACAUAUGACAAAGACUCCCAACUUCCAGCAGCGCCCCGCGCCCAGCCUUCCCCGUCCACCACGGCUGGUCGAAGCUCCCCUGGACCAUGGCCGAAGAACAAUCUUAUUAUGAAGAGAAGAUCUCAAAGGAUAUCCUGACCAAAGAAAUCGAUUUAGUCGACAGAGACCCCAAGAGGAUCAACCAGGACGUGGUGAAGGUAGAUUUCGAAGAUGUCAUCGCGGAGCCGUACGGCGUUCAAAGCUUCGAUGGCGUCUGGAAGGCCAGCUACACCAGCUUCACCGUCACCAAGUACUGGUGCUACCGGCUGCUCUCCACCCUGAUCGGCGUCCCCCUGUCCGUCGUCUGGGGGGUCCUCUUCGCCCUCGUCUCCUUCUGCCACAUCUGGGCGGUGGUGCCCUGCGUCAAGAGCUACCUGAUCGAGAUCCAGUGCGUGGGCAGGACGUUCUCCCUCUGCGUCCGCACCUUCUGCGACCCGUUCUUUGAGGCCGUGGGAAAGGUCUUCAGCGCCGUCAAAGUCACGCUGCAAAAGCAGGUGUGA